CGUUCUAGAUAAACUACUUUUUUGUGCGAGUGUGUGUUGCGAGAGGGCAGGUGUGCUGCGUUGCUGACGUCACGUACUAAAGUUAGAAGAAGCUACCUACCUUCCUAUACAAGUAAAUAACAAUAAAUCAAAAUCACACACACAAACACACAAAAUCAAUCAAUCGGUAAAUCAGUGAGAGAGAGAAAUGGGGUUACAAUGGAUGAUGUUAGGUUAUGUAGUUGCAGCUGAAGUUGUGGUUUCCGUUUUAAUCACUCUGCCAUCCCCAAGGCCUUUGAAGGCAACUCUUGUUUCUUUUGUUUCCCUCAUCUUAAACCCUUCCAUGUUCAUCCUCCCCUUUGCUUCCUUCCAGCUCCUCGAUAUUUACUGGAAGAAUGAGCACAGGCUGAUGUGUUCUGGUGAGACUUGUACUGCUUCCGAGAGAGAUCGUUACGAAAAAUCGAUAUUCAAGGCUCAGAGGAAUGUAAUUCUUUGCUGCUCAGCAUGUAUUCUCUACUGGUGUAUCUAUCGCAUUUGCAAAUUCCACAAGGAGAUCCAAAGGAUGGAGGAAAUCGAAAAGAGGGCCAAGGAAGAGUAGCCAUUCUUAUAUAUUGAAUUGCAGCUACCAUGUUUGUAUGUGAUAUCGGUAUUUCUUGCCUUGGAGUUUAUUGUACCUUAAACCUUGAAUAUCUGCAUUAUCCUGUAAUAAAAACCUAAUAGUUACAUAGUGUUACAUCCAAA